CUCCUCCUCCAAGUUUCCCUUUCACUGUCAGGCAUCAGAACAAGGAAGUGGCUCAUUCAUUCUGCUGGGCAAGCUCAGGGCGACAGCGAGGGGCUGGAUCAGUGAGGUGAAAAUGAAGGGCUUGUUCUAUCAACUGAAUGCAUCAGAGGAAGAAGGAGUAUUUGUGUAUCAGGACAGAGAACUUGCUCCACCGCCAAGUGAAUAUCAUGUGAAACUCCAAGUGAAAGCCUGUGCACUAAGCCAUAUUAAUGCAAAGCUCAUGUCUGAACUGAAAAUCAGAAAGGAAUUUGUACCCGUUGGACGAGAAGUGGCGGGUGUGAUACUGGAAAUUGGAUCUAAAGUUUCCUUCUUUCAGCCUGACGAUGAAGCAGUGGGAAUAUUGGCACUUGACUACCAAGAGUCUGGGCUGUCUGAAGUACUUUGGGUUCAUGAGAACCAUUUGGUUCCCAAACCAGAGAAGGUCAGUUGGGUGGAGGCAGCCGGCACAAUUCGCGAUGGGUUGCGUGCCUAUACGGCCCUGCAUUCACUUGCAAGCCUGGGCCCAGGGAAAUCUGUACUGGUGAUGGAUGGAGCAAGUCCCCUGGGAGCCCUUGCUGUUCAGUUGUCUCUCCACAGAGGAGCCACGGUAAUAACAACAGCAGAUAGUGAAGAGAGUAAACUCUACUUCGAAAAACUACGUCCCUCUGUAGCCCGUGUUAUAGAUAUGUGCAAAGGGAAAGUAGACCUGGCUGAGAGCUGUUUGGAGGAAACAGGUGGCCUUGGGGUUGACAUUGUUCUUGAUGCCGGAGUGAGAUUAUAUAAUGAAGAAAACGUAAUUUCUAAACAGCUUCCUCACAAACAUGACAUCGUAACGCUUCUCUCUGUUGGGAGCCACUGGAUCACUAGUCACCAAAAUCUCCAGUUGGACCCCCCUGACAGUCACCUGCUCUUCCUUAAGGGAGUCUCUCUUUCUUUUCUUAAUGAUGAAAUCUGGAAUCUCUCCAGCGCACAUAAAGGGAGGUAUCUUCAUAUCUUGAAAGAUGUCAUGGAGAAACUGUCCAUUGGAAUUUUCAGGCCUCAGUUGGAUGACCCUGUGCCGCUCUAUGAAGCUAAAGUUGUCAUGGAAAUGGUUCAGAAGAAUGAAGUGAGGAAGAGGCAGAUCGUUCAGUUCUGAGAGUUGGCAAGGACACAUAAUGUAACUUUCUCAGCCGGGCGGAGGUCGGGAAAGAGCACAAUCGUGCAGUUCUGCUACAAGACAUUGGAUAAAGUGGAAUUGCCCGCUAUUGUGCUUCUUGAUUAUUAGGUGCAAUGUUUAUUCUUCUUCUAGUAACCCAUAGCAACCAAUCGGCAAAUUUAAUUUAAUGGUCUAUUAACUGAUUGGUUGCUAGGGGGCCAAGGCCUGUAGCACAUUUUGAAUUUCUACAUGCAACAGCUCUUGUCCUUUAUUUUCCCAUAAAGGGCAACAGAACAGUAAGGAAGAUGGGAGCUUAUUAACAAGUCAGGGCAUUGGUGUUAAGCUCAUUUUGACCCAAAGCUGGCACUGAUGGGCCUUCUUACUAAAUAUGUUUUUCUAAAGGCUUGGUGGGAUUCUGGAAGUCAUCCGUUUAUAAUUACUGUUUUGGUUUCUGCAUUGACCAUCUACAGCUAGCUAUUCACUAUAGAAUUAACAGGGGCAUUUGCACUGCCCAAGGGUAAUGUUGCCAUAGCAUGCCUCAAAAGGUCCCACUUAUGGUUCAAGAUACGUUAUUAUUCUGUAUUUUUAUUUUAAUAUGGGUAGGAGCUUCCAUACUUUCUCCUCAAGGGACCUGUUAAUUCUCCUCCCAUGAAAAACUGUGGCGCCACUUGGCUAUACACUGGCAUAGAUUUACUAUGCCAUAACUUCUGGUCACUUUAUCUCUUAGGGUGAAGACACACAGAGCUACUAGUAGUAGCUACUUGUCGUGGCUACUAAAAAAGACAAGCCGGUGGGAUGGCAUACAUUGGAUAAAGUGGAAUUGCCCACUAUUCUGCUUCUUGAUUAUUAGGUGCAAUGUUUAUUCUCCUUCUAGUAACCCAUAGCAACCAAUCAGCAAAUUUAAUUUAAUGGUCUAUUAACUGAUUGGUUGCUAUGGGGGCCGAGGCCUGUAGCACAUUUUGAAUUUCUAAGGGCAACAGCUCUUGUUCUUUAUUUUCCCAUAAAGGGCAACAGAACAGUAAGGAAGAUGGGAGCUUAUUAACAAGUCAGGGCAUUGGUGUUAAGCUCAUUUUGACCCAAAGCUGGCACUGAUGGGCCUUUUUACUAAAUAUGUUUUUCUAAAGGCUUGGUGGGAUUCUGGAAGUCAUCUGUUUAUAAUUAGUGUUUUGGUUUCUGCAUUGACCAUCUAUAGCUAGCUAUUCACUAUAGAAUUAACAGGGGCAUUUGCACUGCCCAAGGGUACUGUUGCCAUAUAAUGCCUCUAAAGGUCCCACUUAUGGUUCAAAAUACGUUAUUUGUCUAUAUUUUUAUUUUAAUAUGGGUAGGAGCUUCCAUACUGUAUCUCCUCAAGGAACCUGUUAAUUCUCCUCCCAUGAAAAACUGUGGCGCCACUUGGCUAUACACUUGCAUAGAUUUACUAUGCCAUAACUUCUGUUCACUUUAUCUCUUAGGGUGAAGACACACAAAGCUACUAGUAGCAGCUACUUGUCGUGGCUACUAAAAAAGACAAGCCGGUGGGCUGGCAUACGUGACGCUGCGAUUUGCCGAAAUCGCCAAAGUUGCCUUGAAAGACAACUUCGAUGAUUUUGGCGCUGCGUAUGCCAUCCCACCGGCGAUUUACAUUCUAGCCGGUGGGAUGGCAUAUCGGGGAGAUUAGUUGCCCGCAACAAGGGAGAUUUGUUGCGCGACGACUAAUCUCCCCAUCUGUCACAGCCCUCAGGGUGAAGACACACAUAGCUACUAGUAGCAGCUACUAAAAUAGACAAUGCUGAUUGUCAUUUACUGAUAAUUGUCUCUAUGUGCGUUUUAGCAGGGGCAAUUUUCAGUACUGUCUAUGGCAGGGGAUUUUCUGGAGUAAAAAAAGUAGCUGCUAUUAGUUGCUCAGUGUGUCUUCACCCUUAGACACAAGAGCAUAAAUGUUUUGGAAACACCAUAUAAUCCAAUUUUAUCUAUAAUCACAAUCAAUCAUUAUACUGUCCCGUUACAAUGCUGGGUAAGUGGACUGGGGGAGAGGUCAGUGCAACACCCCUGCUUAGUAAAUUUUUAGUCCCUCCCAAAGAGCUGUGCUGAACAGAGUGCAGGCUAAUUAAAGUACAUAAAGAAAAUGUGUGUAUAGAUAUAUGUAUCAUUUUCACAUAUGUGGUAUAAGCAUUUACCCUUUAUACGUCCAUAACCUGUAUAAUAGAAUAACAUUAAAUGAAAUGUAAUAUAAAGUGCAGUAUGUUUAAUGGCAAUUUAAUUGCAGCGUAUGAAAUAAAAAUAAAGUUUGAAUAGUUA